AUGGCUGACCUAAGUUGCCGAGACCGAGGUGUAGCAAAUAGCCCGACAGCAGGACGGUCGGCUGCCGUGUCCUCCCAUAUGCCGGUGCAUUGCUACCCUCGGAUGGUAUUAAUCAAGUCCGAAAUGGUGAUGCUGAAGUACGACAAAAGUGGCAUUUUGUUCGGCUGUCAUGCUGAACUCGUCGGCUCUGCCAACUUUGGCCGAGGCAGAAGAGACCAAGAACUAUCUGGCAGAUGGCAGAUGUACACUCCUGCCCUCGUGCACACUUUCAAGCCGCGUCUGUCCGCAAAGGCGAACGAGAUGGGAGGCUGGAUCACUCAGGACAAGAGUGCCACCAACCGGCUCACCAGGGCCUCGGAAACGGGCCGUCUCGAAGCCUGCCUGCGAGUCCGACCAACUUGCAGAGACCUGCCAAAUCACUGCAGUCCCGGCCGGCCUCGAACUCGAGCAUGGCGCCGAGCUGUUGAAGCAGUGCAUUUGACGCGCAGCCCGAAUCGUCUUUCGUCCGAUCAACCAGCAAUAGUCACUCUUCGCCAUCCACCUCGCGCCCUAUUUCACGUCCUUCACGGGGCACAUGUGAAUGCCCCUCGGCCACAAACACACACACUCACACACUCACACACAAAGAUCCGACUGUCUCCAAAGCGCCAUCUUGUCAUGAAUCACAUCAUCCUUCAGCAUCCUCGCCAGUUGUCCCAUUUGUCCCUCGGUCUUUUGCCGGCACUUGUCGUCCAUCAAACCCCAGACCCGACUCUUGAGAGAGCCUGA